CUACUAUGCAGUAUUAAUACUAGUACUUCAGUAAUUCUUUAGCAGUCGUAUUCAACAUGGAAGGUGUCCACCAUGGACGCCGAGGGCAAGUGGCAUACAGCGUGCUUGAAACUCGAUGACAUUGCUGCCCACAUGAUCUGCUUUAAGGUACUUACUUACCUACCAACCGCCUACCUUUCCUGCCAAAUCCACGAGUUGGAACGAUAAUGGCGUCGUGGAGCGCUGGACAAGCCGCACGUGGAUGCUUCCGGUGCAUACCGCCGACAUUUCCACGCCGACCCCUGGGUCGCCCACGCAAGAUGGUAUCGCAGUGGACACUGUUCCAUUCUGCAUUUGCAUCUCCACGUCGUCGGGGGUUGCAUAUCUAGAUGUUCACGACGACGCGUCCAAGAAAGCGUGGAGUGCCGUGCUCCUCCGCAUAUCCCAGAACGGACCGCAAGAGGCCAACUUUUCCAAGCAGGAUAUGGCGUCUACGGCAGACUUUGUCUUCUCUGCGCGCGUGUCAGCGUAUCGCGUCAUCGACGGCAAGGCGUACAUUUGCAACGUGUGCGACCACCGCGACGCCGUGGUAUUCUUUCAGGAACAAGUACACGUGUCGCUCAGGGUCAUUCCUGGUUGUUGCAAUUUUGAGAAUCCAUUCACCACGUGAGCUACCGUUUAGAUCUUUUUUGAAUUCGCCGACCAUUGCAAGCCCGCAGUACGAUGACGACACACAACAACCAACUGAUGUUCGACACAAGUCCACUGAACGGGUGGUUGUGGUCGUUGUAUGACGUACAGUUGACGCAAAGGAAGCGCAAAGUCGCCACGAAGAACCUGCAACCCAGGUAACAUCAACACAAAUCCCCUUGUACGAGACCCCCUGCAUUUACUUCGUCCAAGAAGAAACCAUCGGCACUACCUCGGCCUGUCUCGACGUCCCCCGCUGAGCCACUGGACGACCCAUCAGAGGAGGACAGUCAGCCCAAAGCAGCAUCCACCGCAUCGCCUAAGAAACCCUCCAAAUGGAAAAAGAAGAAAGCCAACAAGGGCCAUCUGCGCGGUCCAGAAGUGGUGACCGACGACCCACAGGGGACUGGGCAGACGAGUAGAUGCCACGACGACGUGUCCAAAGCAUCAUCAGCCCCGUCGUCGUCGUGUCCUCCACCGAAUCGAGGCAAGUUGCAGAUCCACCAAGGGACCAAGUUGAAGUGCGUGGUUCAAACACGAGACAAAGUGCACUUGACCCGUAUCACAAGUGCAAGGUGGUUCAACCACAACAAUAAUGGAUAUACAUCAUACUACAUAAAUUAGUAGUACAUAUGAAGGCUGCUAUUGUACGGGCGACGGGUUCGCGCCGCCAUCUGCCACUGGC